AUGCCAGAAUACUUAGUGGCCUGUCCAGAACAGAACAUCAAGGAAAGGGAAGGUAAUAUCAAUUUUGGGCGCCAGGCUUUGUUGGCAGUGGCAGUGGCAGAAACAAAACUGGAUUUUAAGGAACAGGACUGGAACCUGCCUUCUAACCUGUAUCAAAAUACAUUUGAGCAAAAGUCAGAGAAAAUUGGAAGCCUGUCUUUUCCUCGGAAAUUUGAGAACCAGGACUUUGUUCACUUGAGAGACUAUUGCAUGAAGCAUGGCAUACUUUUUGAAGAUGAUACAUUCCCUGCACAUUACAGUUCUAUUGGACCUAAAGUCCUCCCAGAAGACAAACUGCACCGAAUAAAGUGGCUGAGACCAAUUGACAUAAUGAGGUACCCCCGUUUAUUUGUGGAUGGUGUGAACAGAGCUGAUAUUCUUCAAGGACAAAUUGGUGAUUGUUGGGUCCUAGCUGCCCUGGGUUCUUUGACCAGGCAACAGCGGUUCCUGAAAAAUGUUAUUCCAAAGGACCAAGGAUUCGAAGACAGUUAUGCAGGGAUUUUCCAUUUUCGGUUCUGGCAGUUUGGAGACUGGGUGGACGUGGUGAUAGAUGACCGACUUCCUUUUCUUGAUGACAAUUUCUUAUUUGUCCAUCCUCGCAGCAAAAAUGAAUUUUGGCCUCCUUUGCUUGAAAAAGCCUAUGCCAAAUUGCGUGGUUCCUAUACAAAUUUGGACCAGGGCUACCUUACAGAAGCUUUGGUGGACUUCACUGGAGGAGUUGAGAUGCCUUUUAACCUUAAGAACCCUCCUGAUUCUCUAUUUGAGAUGCUAAAAACAGCUGCAGAGUCUGGCUGCCUUAUGGGAUGCACCACUCCUAAAGGAAAGUUUCCAGGUAAUAUCCAAUCGGAGAAUGGAAUUGUGCAGCUUCAUGCUUACACUGUCAUAUGGGCAACCGAGGUACCCUACAUGGAUGGGAAGGAAAGUUUAGUCAGACUUUGGAAUCCGUAUGGCAAUACAGAAUGGAAAGGCGCUUGGAGUGAUCGUUCCAUGGAGUGGCAUCACGUUCCAGUAUCGUACAGGAAAAAACUCUAUGAGGAUAAAGAUGAUGGCGAGUUUUGGAUAUCUUAUAAAGAUUUCAGAGAAAACUUUUCAUUCCUGAUUAUUUGCAAUGAUGUGCCAACAUGUCUGGACUCUGGAGAACAGAGGAACACUACUUGGUCUGUGGAAAAACAUGUCAACACGUUUUCAGGAGCCUCUCUAGGAAACAGUUAUUAUGAAGAUAGCCUUUCCAGAAAUCCUCAAUAUUUCAUCCAGGUGCCAGAGCCUGAAAUGAAGAACUACAAUCUUGUAGUAGCACUUUCACAGGAUCCUAGAAAUGAUACGGACAGAGUGCACAUCGGCUUUAUAAUUGUUAGGGUUACAUCACAGGGCAAAACCAUAGUUAACUCUACAAAGCUUCAGCCACAGCGAGAUGUUGUUAAUUGCUUUUACUUGAGCCCUGGGACUUACAUCAUUAUUCCAACUACAACGCAAGAAGGUGAAGGGACUGAGUUCCUCCUACGAACCUUUCUAAAGAGUCGGAACAAUUUCAGUUUUGAUCCCACUCCUAGAGAUGAAAAAAAUGAACUCCCUCCAGCAGUAAAGGAUGUACAUAAGUGGAAUCAAGAUAACUCCUACAGAACCAUCUUCCUAAAAUAUGCUAAUCAGAGCUCCUUCCUAGAUGCUUCACAGUUACAAAGAAUCCUCAAUGAAGUACUCCUGAAAGAUCGAAGGACCAGUCUGGGAAGCGGAAAUAGAUUCAGCUUCGAUUCAAGCAAAAGCCUUUUAGCUCUGAUGGAUAUCAAUGCUAACGGAAGGCUUUCGCUUGACGAAUUUGGAGAACUUUGGAGGGAGCUCAAUAUAUAUAAGGACAUUUUUUUAAAGGAAGAUGAACAGAACUCUGGGUUCCUGAAUGCCUCCAAUCUGAAAAGAAUAAUCCAGAAAAGAGGCCUGUCAGUCAGUGAAAAACUCCUUGGACUGAUGACUGUGCGAUAUGGGGAUGCUACCAUGAGGAUGAACUGUCCUGGUUUUGUGUGUUGUAUGAUUCGUCUAGAGACCAUGAAAAAGGUAUUUCACAAUUUAUCUAAAGAUGGGAGAGAAAUCCGUUUUACUGAAGAUGAGAAUAGGGUUGGACUAGAUGACCUUGGUAGUCUUUUCUAA